UGUAUGUAUGUCGUAGUUUUGUCAGAAAUUUUCUCGCACAAAGCGAAGUGUUGUAGCUCAAUUUGUGAUUAAUUAAAUGUGAAAUGUGUAAACGAAAAUAAUAACUAGCGUACUUAGUUAAAACUAAUUGCUGCAUUUGGCUAGCCAACAAACACAACGCCUGCGACUUGUAGAGCGCUUGGCUCCCACAGAUUUUACUUAGCUUCGUUGUCUACACAACUGCUGCUGGGCACCAAUAGUCUUACUGCCUGUGUCUGAGCGUGCGUGUGUGUGUGAGUGUGUGUUGUAUUAUUCCUUCCUUACGGCCGAGGCAAGGUGAAACAUGAAGAUGGCUGACGGCUCGACAAUAUUGCGUAGGAACCGACCAGGCACAAAAUCCAAGGAUUUCUGUCGCUGGCCCGAUGAGCCCCUCGAGGAAAUGGACAGCACACUGGCUGUGCAGCAAUAUAUACAGCAGAUGAUCAAGCGAGAUCCCUCGAAUGUGGAGCUAAUAUUGACCAUGCCAGAGGCACAGGACGAGGGCGUCUGGAAAUAUGAGCAUUUGCGACAGUUUUGCAUGGAAUUGAAUGGGCUGGCAGUGCGACUGCAGAAACAAUGCUCACCCUCGACAUGCACACAGAUGACGGCCACCGAUCAAUGGAUAUUCCUGUGUGCGGCACACAAAACGCCCAAAGAGUGCCCCGCGAUCGAUUAUACACGCCACACGCUGGACGGUGCCGCUUGUCUGCUCAAUAGCAAUAAAUAUUUUCCAAGCAGUGUUACGCUUAAUCACAGAGUUUCGAUCAAGGAGUCGUCGGUGACGAAGCUGGGAUCGGUAUGUCGGCGCGUCUAUCGCAUUUUCUCGCAUGCGUAUUUCCAUCAUCGUCGCAUCUUUGACGAAUUUGAGGCUGAGACGUAUUUAUGCCACCGAUUUACACACUUUGUCACAAAAUAUAAUCUCAUGUCCAAGGAGAAUUUAAUUGUGCCCAUUAACGAGGAGGAGAAUGCGGCACCCGGCGAAAGCGAAGCAUAAAGAAGCAACAGCAGCAG